AUGACUUCACUAUUAGAACAUCUUCCCAAUGAAAUUCUUCUUGAUAUUUUUCAAUAUUUAAGUCCACGAAUAUUAUUUCAAUGUAUCUAUAAUUUAAAUUUUCGUUUUAAUCAAUUAAUUCAUGUUUUAAAAGUACCAAUUGAUAUUGGAAAUAUUUUAUCAAAACGUUUAUUUAAUCAAUAUUGUACAUGUGUUAUACCAAAAUGUUUAUCUCAAAUUAUUUCAUUAAAAUUAUCCGAUACUUAUGAUCGUAUUACACAAUUUCAAAAAUUAUUUCAAAUUGAUUUAUAUAUUAAUCUUCGUUUACUUGUUAUGCGUGAUCCAACUCAAGAUAAUUUACAAUUAAUUUUAGAAAAAUUAUCAAAAUUAAAAUAUCUUGAACAAUUACAAAUAAUAUCAUUAGGUCGUGAUAAACUUGAUCUAAGACAAUGUUCAAAAAUUUUAGUAGAAUCAAUAUUUUGUAAUUAUGAAAUGAUAAAAUUAAGAUUAGUAAAAUUAGCAUUUUAUGAUUCAAUUUUACUUGAAGGUAUUCAAAUAAGUAAUAUUGAAUAUUUAAAUAUGAGUGGAUGUUAUAUAAAUGAAUUUGUUAUUUUAUUAAAACAUUUACCAAAACUUAAACGUUUAAUUAUUCAUGUAUAUAAUCGACGAAAUUUUGAUGAUCCAAUUGAUUAUCAAAUAUAUGAAAAUAUUGGACAAUAUGUUCCAUAUUUAACAAAUUUAGAAUUAAAUGUAACACAUACACAAUUUGAUGAAACUGAACAGUUAUUAAAAAAUAUUCCACAAUUGAAAAAAUUAGCAUUUUCAGCAAUGUUAAUUUCAUAUGCCGAUGGUAUUCGUUGGGAAAAAUUGAUUGUCUCAUUUCUACCAUUAUUAGAACAGUUUAAUUAUAAACAUUCGUCUCCAAAUGAAUUUUUAUUGUAUACAAUACCGCGUCCAAAAGGUAGUUUUAAAACACAAUUAUAUGAAAUAGAAACAAAAUCAACAGCAACAUCAAUUACAAUGGAAAAAGCAUAUAAAAAAAUUGAUUCAUUAAAUAUAACAUUAAAUGAUUCUAAUUUACCAUUAAUUUUACGUCAAUUUUCAGACGCCGUUGAUCGCGUAAGAAAUGUCAAAUCGUUAUCCCUAUAUAGUCGUUUAACGUCUUAUGAUAAUAGUUCAGCAAUUCUCCAUGAUCUACCUAAACUUAUUCCAUUAGCAAAUUUAAAACAUUUAUAUCUUUACGAUAAAUUGUAUCCUAAAUCAUUGGAAUUAUUAUUGAAAGGAGCGUCCAAUUUAAGUUCUUUAUCAAUACAAUAUGAUGCUCUAUUACGAAUAACAGAUUAUUUUACAAAUAAUGAACUGUGUUCUAUUUUAACAAAAAACAUUACCAGUUUAACACUUCAUAUUGUUGGGGAUGAGCGAAUCAAUAUAAAAAUAUUAAAAAAAAUGUAUGUAUUUGAAAAUUUACGCUAUUUAACGAUUGAGUUGAAUAAUAUUAGUGAUAUCUAUAUUUUAUUAUCGUUAUUAUUAAGAAAAAUGAAAAAUUUUUUUGAUGUCAUCAUAUUACUAAAAACAGGAAGUUUUAGUGAAGAUUUUCAAUUUUGGUUAAUAGAUUAUUUUAAGAUUCAAUAUUUUUUAGAGGUUGGUAUUGAAUACAAUAAUGCUCACACUCGUUUACUGAUAUCUUGCUAA